AUGAUGGGCGCUCAAUUCGACGGGGCCGGGGACACACAGCGCCCAUCAAGGUGGCGGCCCAUUAAAAUGGGCCUUGGGCUGUACACGCAGCUGUCCAGGUGGCACCUUCGCGUUGGGGAGGGGGGAAAGUGGACAGAAUGGGACAACAGCCCAGCCAAUGACAGCCCAGCCGCGCCCGCGCUAACAUUAAGCCACCUGGCCUGCUGCGCUGCGAUUUUCAGAUACCUGUCUAGGGUGCUUCCGUGGCAGCGCCAGGCUCCUGCAGACGACCCACAGCAAGAGCCGGCUGGGCAGCACGAAGUGGGAGAUUCGCCCGCCUCGCCAGCAGCCGCCCAGCCCGCCUCCCCUGGCUUUGAGUCCUGGCAUGUGCCCCUCGAAGAUGGGGCACAGGCGAAAGAUCUGGCCGGCCAGGCUUCGAGCGAUUCUCUGGAGAAUGGGCUGAAGGCGAUCGACCUGGGAGAGAUCAUAGCGCAGGCUGGCAAGAGGAAGGAUCGGAAUCCGAUCAUGUACAUGGAAUUGGAUGAAAGCGUGUGA